GCAAUUUGGGCAAGUUUUGGGAGAGAGAAGCCUUUAGAAAAACAGCCACACACGCAUUCACUGCGGCAUCAAAUGACACGGCGCAGUCACACGGAUUUCCACUUUUAAACCCGUUUUUCUCAAUCCAAGGAAUCAACUUUUGAUAGCCUACUCCCAGUUCAAAUGCUACCUGAAACUCCACUUAACUGCAAUCAGGAGUUAUAGAGGAAUUGUUUGGUUUUGGGGAUUGUUUGGAACGCGUGCAAGUGCGAAAAGUGCCCGGUGUGGUUUAAUCGACUGAUGCCCCCCUCUCUCUCUGGCCCCUCGUGAAUCAUGUCACGCCGGAAACAGAAAAGACCUCAGCAACUCGUUAACGCGGAUCCGGGGGGCACGCUGCUGCUAUCGCACGAAGACCAACUGGUUGUGAAAUCACCGUCCACCUCUCUGGGUUCAGAACUGACCUCCUCCUCGUCCUCAUCCUCUCCCACCUCCCUCCAGGACUGCCAGCCCCCCCUGGCCCCUCGUCAAUCCCCCGGGGGGCUCCACGCUCCAUCCCUCCCCAGCGAGAAUUCCCCCCCCCCACACUGGCCCAGCAACAUCACCCCCUUCACUACCUCCCUCCCUAAUACCCACUCCUCGCUCUCUCCAGACUUCCCACACCCGUCCCUGUCCUCCCAGACACACUCCCCUCCACUCCUCCUCGGUCAGACAUCUGGACCACACACCCUUACCCACCAGAGCCUCUCCCACCCCACUAUGACCUCCCCUCAGAUGGGCCGGUCUGCCACCACCACAUCCUCCUCCUCCUCGGUGUCCUCUCUCGGUACCACGACCCACCAGGAGGUGACCAGUCCCGGGCAGCAGACAGCCUCCAGCCCCCUAGGCCCGGGUCAGAUGCAGGUUCCUCCAACCCUGGCAGUGUUGCUGGAGGAGCUCAGGUUGCUGCAGCAGAGGCAGAUCCACCAGAUGCAGAUGACCGAGGAGAUCUGCAGGCAUGUCCUCCGCCUCGGAGGGGCUGUUUACUCCCAGGAUGGGCCUCAAGCGGCUACCAACGGCCACCACAGAUCUGGAUCUCCUUCCCCAACGCAGCCCUCCCAUGCCCCGACUCGGCCUACCUCAGAUUCUUCUCUCCUGUCUGGGCUUCCCUCCCUCUUUCCCCAGCCAGCGGUGUCAACCAGCCUCUCUCAAAGUAACGGGAACCGGGCCCCGCACUCUUCUACCUCGUCCUCUUCUUCCUCCUCCACCCUUAUUUCAUCGGCCGCCUCCCUCCACCCCCCCUCUCUCUCUCUGGGUCUCCCCCCACGCUACCUCCACGAGAAGUCUUCCAAUACGUCCCCCUUCGGCCACAGCAACGGGGUCGGCUUUCCCACGCCACCCCUCCCCACCUCCAGCCUCUCGCAGGACCUCUUCAACCCCAGCUCCUCCACCGGGUCCUCGGCGAGCUCAUCCUCGCUAGGGCGUCCGCCACACGCCUGCCGGUUUUGCGGGAAGGUCUUGAGUAGCGACUCGUCCCUCCAGAUCCACCUGCGGUCCCACACGGGCGAGAGGCCGUACCAGUGUCCCGUCUGCCUGAGCCGCUUCACCACCCGGGGGAACCUGAAGGCCCACUUCCUGAGGCACCGCGAGCAGAACCCGGAGCUCUCUCUCUCCCUGCUGCCCCCGGCCCUGUCCGACCAGAUCCCGCCCACGCCCACCCCCAGCCCAGCCACCUCCACCAGCCAGAGGCGCAGGAAGCGCCGGGCGGAGGAGGAGGAGGCGUUCGCAGGCGUGAAAGGAGGAGUGGGGCUGGCGGACAGCAUGGCUCUGGGUUUCCUGUCCGGAGGGUCUUCUCGCCCCUCCUCCUCCUCCCUCCCCCUGCCCCCCAACGUGGACAUGGCGCUGCUCUCCACGGCCCACUCCCUGCUGCAACUCAACCGGGCGUCCGCCGCCGCCGCUGCCGCGGCCAGCGCCUCCGGCAGCAUCUUGUCUCCGUCUUCGGCGGGCUCUUCGUCGUCCGCCAUGGGGAGCCUGUUCAAGGGAGCCAAGCAGCAGAGGUUCGAUGAGAAUACCCCUCCUCAUUCUGGACUGCACCCCAGCUCGCCUUACUCCCAGCUGGCCCACCUCCCCAAGAUCCUCUUCCCCGGCGGGGCAUCCGCCCACCACCUCGCCCUCCUCCGCCCGCCGACACACCCCUCCGCCUCCCACCUUGCCUCCCCCCACUCUCAGCUCCCCUUCCCCUUCCCUCCGUACCCUAAAGCACCCACCUCAUCGUCGACCUCCUCCCCCACCUCCUCCACCCAGACUUCCGACACCUCCAAGCUGCAGCGGUUGGUGCAGAAGCUGGAGAAGCAGCCCCAGGGAGGCGCCGCUUCCUCUUCGCGUUUCCAGGACGACAUGAACGGCCAAGACCUGACCACCAGCUCCAACGCCUACCGUAGAGAGAUGAUGGCAGCCUUAGGCCUGAGCCCCAACACCACGGCGGGGGCGAUGGAUCUGGCCAACCACGACCUCCUCGGAUCCAACAACCCCUCCCUGGUCCCUAACCAGUGCGGGGUCUGCCUGCGUGUGCUCAGCUGCCCCAGGGCCCUGCGCCUCCACCAGGCCACCCACCUGGGAGAGCGCCCCUUCCCCUGCAAGCUGUGCGGACGCUCCUUCUCCACCAAGGGCAGCCUGAGGGCCCAUCUGGCCACCCACCGUGCCCGUCCUCCAAACGCCCGCGCCCAGAACUCCUGCCCGCUGUGCCCCCGCAAGUUCACCAACGCCCUGGUGCUCCAGCACCACAUCCGCUUGCACCUGGGGGGACAGAUACCUCCGGAGGACGACACGGAGAUGCCUCUGGAGGACGACGCGAACCACCGGAAGAUGAGUCACCCCUCCGUCUCCCCAUCCAAGCCCCAACAGCUACUCCCUCUGGCCUUGACCAUGGGCAGCAACAGCGGCUCUAUCGUCCAGAACCCUCCAGUCCCAGUCGGCGGUUUGGAUUUGGGGGUGGCUCCCAAGCAGCAAUCCCUGGCAGCUGAUCUGAGUCGCCCCAAGGUGGAAUCUGACCUCGCCAUUCCCAGUAUUAGUCCACCUCUGACCCAUAAUCCACUAGAGGCCCUCGGUCAGAAAGAAAGCCCCCAGACCGACGAUGAGCUAACUAAUGGCUCCACCCCCGACCUCGCUGACGCUGCCGCUCCGGCCGUCUCCAUCUCUCCCCCAGUGGUCAGUGGAGAGGCUGAGGCUGAGGACCAGCCCCUCUCCCUGUGCAUCUCCAAGCCUGGCCUGGACGGUGGGUUGAGAGAGAGCCUCAGUAACGCCUCACCAGCCGCAGAGAACAAAGUUAGCUCUCAUCGAGGUAGCCCCGUCCCUGAAUCCACCCCGAGCUCCCCAGCCCUAAACCAGUCACCUGAGCUCCCCCUUUCAGCCAGCCCUACAGCAUUAGCAGCAGCCUCUGAGCCAGCCACAGACGAACUCACACAGAAGCCCACUCCGGAAGAGGAGCCGGCAGUCACCACGGAGGGGGAAAUGGAGAGCACCUCGCCCAGGGAUAGCUCAUCCGUCCUGGGUACUGAGGCGAAGGAGGACACCCCCUCGGAGGUUUGCGAUGGUUCCCAAGAGAAGGCGGAGCAGGAGGCAGUGCAGCAGACUGCUCCAACACCACCAGCACCACCAACACCAUCUCCCCAGGCCCCCCGCCCAGACAAACCCUACAGCUGCUCCCAGUGUGGAAAGGCAUACGCCAGCCGCAGUGGACUCAAGGGACACAUGAAAACCCAUCCUGGAGCUUUGGCUAACGCCUCUUCUAAGGCUCCACUGGUCAUCCCGGCCAAUGAAAACGAGACUGUGGAGGAUCAGAGUUCAAAUUCAGCCAAUGGGACCCCGGGAGAGAAGAUUGAUGUUCAGCCACUGGUAAAAUCUCCUGAGAAAAGUUUGUCUCCGGAGGAAGCUUCCACUGUUGAUGGUGAAGGAAAGAACCCUGAAGACAUUACUGAGUAAAAAUAAAUGUGAAAGGAGUCUGCUUGGUUAUAAAAGCUCUAACAAGGAAAUGUAUUUUCAGCUCAAAUUGAUCCAUUUUAGAAUCACUGAUUCUAUGUUUAUUUUUUUAUAUUAUAGUCCAGUAGGGAUAGUCUGUCCAGUAGUGUGGCAGGUUAGAUUGUUUUGAGGUAGUGACUCAGUCAAGUCAGUUAUGAAAUAAUGUUACUAUUUCAAAGAACACAGUGAGGCCUUAUCGAUGCAUGUUACAGAAUUUCCCUUGAGGCAAAAACACACGUGUGUGUGUUUGAUGGUACUGUAUUUCCAAGGGCUGAACAGAGCACAAACUACUUCAAACAUGAACUACUGUAAAAUGGAAAGAACCAGGUUUAGGUAAAAAGGUAUUUUACACAAACUUAACACCAAAAUAGGCCAGUUUAGCAGCGGCCACAUUGUAAAUAUGAACCUUGGUUCCAUCUUUUAAAACUUUUUUUUUUUUCCCUCUUUUUUUAAACUGUCAUGCUGCUGUUCUGAAAUUUCAAUGGAGUUGCACUGUGUCUACUGCUGUCCAUACGUCCAUUGAUACAAACACAACGAUUGUGAUGAUGAUGAUGAUGAUGAUGAUGAUGAUUGUGUUACACUGCCAGGUAUGUUGACUUUGUAAAUCCUCGACCUGUCCUGGUCUAACUCUGUAAUCACCUUAUCUAAUGCCCAAUCAGACUUCCAACUUCAGUGAUUGUAAUCAGUUUAUCUGUUAAAAUAAGGGACAGAACAGAUAUUGUAUGUAUGCACUGUGGUGUACUGAAACAAGCUAAGGGAGGUGUGUGUGUGUGCGUGUGUGUGUGAACCAACGGAUCUUCGCCAGAGAUCAGGAUGAUUUGUCGGUGUCUGAUAUAUUUACCUCACCCCUUCUCUUCCUCCUUUGUGUUCCUGUCUUUCCUCCUCCCCCCCCCCUCUUCUCUCAAAGCACUUGAGAGUUUUCUGCCCCUGCAGAACUUAUCUUCACUGUAUCCCUGCUACUUAGCUCAGUAUAGUUUUGUAUGUUUCAUUUUGAAAUGGUAUACCGCCAUUGUUUUUGUACUGUAGUUAAAAAAAUGUGCUUCCA